AUGGCUGCCCAUUCUGGGUUCGGCUAUCGAUGCAAUGAUUGUCUGCAGGUGUACUCCAGAGAGGGAAAGCACAAGAAAUGCACCUCAUCAGGUUUCACCAUCAUUAAAAGAAUGACGAUGACCUUUACAGAGCUGGAAGACGAAGAAUACAGAAUGUACGCCAGCAGGGCUACAUCUUUAAUAAAAUCUAUAAGAAGGGAAGCUUUCACAAAGGCAGAGGAGACAGAGAGCAUCAGAGAUAGCUAUUUACUGAAGAGAAAGGAAACUGGACGGAAAGAUAACAAUGACCAGGGAAAGAGGAACUUAAAGAGAAAGUGGUGUGAGGAAGACAACAUUGACAGAAAGGAAAGGAAUGAAGAAGGAAAGAAAGAGAAAACAGAUUAUAUGGAUACAGAAAGAAAAGAAGAUGAAAAUAAAGAAAAUGAUGCGGACAAAGAAAGGAAACAAAUUAGGCCGAAAGAAGGAAAGAAGAUCGACACAGAAAGGAAAGAAAUUGGACAGAAAGAAGGAAAGAAGAUGGAUACAGAAAGGAAGGAAAUUGGAAAGAGAGCAGGAAAAGAGAUAAAUUCAGAUAAGAAAGAGAUAAAGGAAGUAGAAAAAGUUUGGUAUGCCAGAAAGCCGACCCAACCAGCACGGCCAUAUAAUAAGAAGUUGAAAUCAAUAACCCAAAAGCCAGUAGUAAAUGCAAAAGAGGACGCAGAGAAAACACAACCAACCAAUGUGGACAAAAGGAGAAGUUGGCUUCCAGGGAGUCAGAUGCUGGACCAACUAGGACUGAACAUGUCAGACUCGGACUCAGACUCGGACGAGGAAAAUGACGUAGUUGAAAUACAUGUAUCUACAGAUGAAGAGGACAUAGACGACCAGCAAGACAUCAACAACAACGGCAGAGGACAAUCACCUGAGGACAAGGAUGUGGAUAUUGCAAAGGACGACGACUCUAGAUCCGUAUCAGUUCGACUUAUCACCGACAAGGACAUGGAAAAGAAAGCCAAAUCUGACAGACAAGACACGACAAAGACUAUAAUUACGAUAACACCACAAUAUAUACCAACCGACAAAAAUACCAUAAAGCUGAGGAAAAUGAUGGAAAUGCAACAGAAAAGAGUAAUUAUUAACAUAGGAGGAAAAAAAUUGAAACUUGUGUACAGACUUUAA